AUCACAAACUGAAGUCGCAGAGUUCUGUUUUAAUUUAAUUCUGUUUAGUUUUAAUCUGAUUUUCACCUUGAAUCACUCCAUGGCUACUGGAGAACUGAAGAAGAUCAUCAUCGAUACAGACCCUGGUAUUGAUGAUGCCAUGGCGAUAUUUUUGGCGUUGCAAUCGCCGGAAGUGGAUGUGAUUGGGUUGACGACAAUAUUUGGUAACGUAUAUACGACAUUGGCCACAAGGAAUGCUUUACAUCUGUUGGAGAUCGCUGGGAGGACUGAUAUUCCAGUGGCAGAGGGUUCUCAUGUUACAAUCACUAAAGGUACAAAGCUUCGCAUUGCCGAUUUUGUCCACGGCACGGAUGGACUAGGAAACCAGAACUUUCCUCCACCUAAUGGAAAGCCUAUUGAACAGUCAGCUGCUGCUUUCCUUGUUGAGAAAGCAAAUCUAUACCCUGGAAAAGUCACUGUGGUUGCUCUUGGCCCACUUACAAAUAUUGCCCUGGCUAUUGAAUUAGAUCCUGGAUUUUCAGAAAAGAUUGGGCAGAUUGUUAUUCUUGGUGGUGCAUUCUCAGUGAAUGGGAAUGUUAAUCCUGCAGCCGAGGCCAAUAUUUUUGGCGAUCCAGAUGCUGCUGACAUUGUUUUCACAAGUGGUGCAGACAUUUUGGCCGUGGGAAUAAAUGUAACCCAUCAAGUUGUUUUGACAGAUGCUGAUCGAGACAAACUUGCACAGUCCAAGGGGAAAUUCGCACAAUAUUUGUGCAAGAUCCUUGAAGUAUACUUCUCAUACCAUCGUGAUGCAUAUGAGACAAAAGGUGUCUACCUUCAUGAUCCAACUGCUCUUCUUGCAGCUGUCAAUCCUUCAUUGUUCACAUUUGCAGAAGGUGUUGUUAGAGUCCAAAAAAAUGGCAUAAUGAGGGGCCUCACAAUAUUUUAUAACAAAAUGAAAAGGUUUGGUGAAGUCACUGAAUGGUCCAAUAAACCUACUGUGAAAGUUGCUGUCACUGUUGAUGCUCCUACAAUCGUUGAUCUGUUAAUGGAACGGCUUAUGAACUCGUAGAGCAACAGGGAUUAGAAUUGACAAAUGUUUGGGUAAUUGCAAAAAAUUUGUUUUCAGAAGUCAAUUGCAAUUUACUACCACAUAAACCCGAUCGCCUUGUUCCUUCCCUCGCUUUUCUCAUGCUUUGUUUCUCACUUAAAAUGAAAGGACUGCAUGCCUAUUGAUUGCCACCAGGGAAGGAGAAAAGCUCUAAUUUUAUUCACUUAAAAUGCAUGGGCUGCUUCUUCCUCU